AUGUAUUACUUAGACGUUUCUCUAAUACUGUCAGAUAAUUGCAAUAUCGAAGUAACAGACGUCUAUCUAAAGAAGAACAUUCUUCAAUCCAUAAAACAAUUAUUUGGCGAGGAAGGAACCAAGUGUACCAUUGAUAUUCUGAAAUUUAAUGCAAAAGAACAUAGGUGUGUUCUAAGGUGUACUAAUGAUUGUUACGUACGUCUAAGAGCAGCUUUAACUGUAGCUGAUAAAUACGAAGGACUGCCUUGCACCUAUUUUGUUCAUCGUGCUUCAGCAAAUUUAUUAUCAUUUAGUGCAGAUAGUAGAAAUUAUCAACAUUAAAAUAUAAGGAUUCGAGACAAUUCGAAUUUAGGAAAAAUCUAAGUUAAUUUCAUUUUAAAAGAAAAGUUGAUACCUUAGUUUCGUAUGGUUUUAUUAAUUACUC